AUGAAAGGCAAUUAUUUCAACAUCAUCUUGUGCUGGGGUCUCGGUGUGUUUUUUGGUAUCCACAUUGCUGUUGGAGUCUCGGGUGCCCAUUUAAAUCCAGCAGUUACUACAACCCUGGCAUGGUGUGGUCGUAUGGAGUGGAAGAAAGUUCCUUUUUACAUCAUAUUGCAAAUCCUUGGUGCUUUCGCCGCGGCAUUUGUUGUGUGGGGAGUGUAUUUAUCAAUGUUCAACAUGGAAGACGUCAACCGAAGAUGUAUUUGCAAAAACCCAUACAGUGACGACGUUCCAGUCCUCACACGUUUUCUGACGGAGGUUGUAGGCUCAGCAUUACUCAUUAGUUGCAUUUUUGCUAUCGGUGACCAGCUUGACAAACCUGCUAGCCCGUAUUCACAGCUCACUGCAUUGGCUCUAGUGGUCGUGGCCAUUGGUAUGGCGUUUAGGAUGAUUUUGGCUUUGCUGUCAAUCCCGUGCGCGAUUUUGACCUUCGUCUGUUUGUCGAUUGUGCGGGAUGGGGAUCGAAAGUUAUCAUCUUUCGCGACUCCUACUUUUGAGUUCCUAUCGUCGGUCCACUUCUUGGUGGACCCAUAG